CGCGUAACUCGCCGGCGGCGCCCUCGCUCUACGGGUUGGCGCGAGAGUCAAAAGGUGUCGGCCGCUUCUGCGCAAGAUGGCCGCCGCGGAGGCGUCCGAGUACGGAGCCGUACUGCCGGGAUGGCGACGUCUAGACUGAACCCGAGGCGAAGGAGUUUACUUCGGUAGCCGUCUCUUGAUCGUCUGGAUUGUUGAAAGUUUGAAUUCUCUUGAGAAGGAGAGUGAGCGAGCAGUGACCUGACUGCGGCCUGGUCAGGCCUAGCCAGGCCUGGCCACUGGCUGGACCAAGUGUCUUUGCCGGCCAAGCCUUGUCACAUUUAGGAUUUCAGGAAAAAAAAGCCUUCUUCACUGGGGCAGGGUUAUCAUUUUAUACCAGUCUUAGGAUGGAGCAUGGCAUGAAUUCAGAGUUGUCAUUUAAAUUUAAAUGUGAUUAAAACCUGGACAAAUUGGAAAAGAAUUCUCAAGGUAUGGAUGAUAAAGGGGACCCAGGCAAUGAAGAUGCACCUAAGGCUAUCAAACCCACCAGCAAAGAGUUCAGGAAGACCUGGGGGUUUCGCAGAACCACCAUUGCCAAGCGUGAAGGUGCAGGAGAUGCUGAGGUGGACCCUGCUGAGCAGCAGCCACAGCAGAACAGCCUCUCCCUGCGCCGCAGUGGGAGGCAGCCGAAGCGCACCGAGCGUGUGGAAGAGUUCCUCACCACAGUCCGACGACGAGGGAGGAGGAACGUGCCCGUUUCCCUGGAGGAUUCCAGCGAGCCAGCGUCCUGCCCAGUCACAGACGUGGAGACCGCCUCGGAAGGGAGUGUGGAGAGCAGCUCUGAGGUGAAGGGUGGCCCUGCACCUGGUUCCACGGGGGUGAAGACGCGUCCCGCCUCUUCUGAAAAGGCAAAAGAAGGCGAUGACGAGGACGAUACCUCUGACAGCGACAGCGAUGGCCUCACUUUGAAAGAACUUCAGAAUCGCCUGCGGAGAAAGCGUGAACAAGAACCUGUGGAGAGGCCUCUGAGAGGCAUCCAGAAUCGCCUGCGGAAGAAGCGUCGGGAGGAAGACCCUACGGAAACUGUGGAUGUCCAGGCGGGCAGUGCUGGCGAGGACACACUGCCCUGCAAGCAGGAACCAGACACGGGCCAGGCUGCUGUGUCUCAGGGCGCAAAAGAUGAGAGAGAGAGUCAGUCGGAGGGGACAGCAGCUCAGAGGACUACCGAGGAAGACCCAGGGGACGUGGGCAGACCUAAGCCUGAGUGUGAGGGCUACGACCCCAACGCACUGUACUGCCUCUGUCGCCAGCCUCACAAUAACAGGUUCAUGAUCUGCUGUGACCGAUGUGAGGAGUGGUUCCAUGGCGACUGUGUGGGCAUUUCCGAGGCUCGAGGUCGACUCCUGGAAAGGAAUGGGGAGGAUUACAUCUGCCCAAACUGCACCAUUCUACAAGUGCAGGAUGAGACAAAUUCAGAUGCCACAGAAGAGCAGGAAGCUAGAUGUAGACCUGGAGUCGUGGAUGGCACGGACUGCACAAGUAUAGGGACAGUGGAGCAGAAGUCUAGCGAAGACCAGGGGAUAAAGGGUAGAAUUGAGAAAGCUGCAAACCCCAGUGGCAAGAAAAAACUCAAGAUAUUCCAGCCUGUCGUAGAGGCUCCUGGUGCUUCAAGGUGCAUCGGCCCUGGGUGCUGCAGUGUGGCGCAGCCUGACUCAGUGUAUUGCAGUAACGACUGCAUUCUCAAACAUGCGGCAGCUACUAUGAGAUUUCUAAGUUCAGGUAAAGAACAAAAACCAAGGCCUAAGGAAAAGGUCAAGAUCAAGCCAGAAAAGCUCAAUCUUCCAAAAUGUAGUGUUCAGGCAGGGAUUAAACUCUCUUCUGUGCACAAGAGACCAGCUCCAGAGAAGAGGGAGAAUCUGGCAAAGAAGAUGAUGGUAGCUCCUUCGAGGAGCGAAGCUCUGGGGAAGGAGGCCCCCUGCGAGAGCAGCACUCCAUCCUGGGCCAGUGACCACAACUACAACGCAGUGAAGCCAGAGAAGACAGUUGCGCUCUCGCCACCGCUGUUGUGUAAAUCUGUGAAGGAGGACAGGAGAGCAGAGGACAGAGCAGUGGCAGCGGCCGCAGCCUCGAGGAAAACGGCGCCUCCAGGCUCCUCGGUGGGCAGGCAGCCUUCGCCUAGAAGUCUGGUCCCAAAGAAGCCGCCGCCUUUCACUAAUGUGGCAGGAGCCAAACCAGCCUUUAAAAAGUCACCCUCAGGCUUCAAGGGCACCAUUCCUAAGAGGCCUUGGCUCUCAGUCACCCAGUCAGGUGCUUCAGCUGCCCGGCCCGCAGGACCAACGCCUAUCGCUAUGGCAGCUGCUUCCAAGAAGUCACCUGGCUCUGCUGCUUUGGUGGGAGCCAUCAGGAAGCCAGUGGCAACUUCUGUCCCCGCAGCUUCACCAGCCCCAGGACGCAUUGGGGUUGCAAACCCUGCCCCAUCCCAGCCAAAUUCACAAAUUCGGCAAAAUAUAAGACGUUCCUUGAAAGAGAUUUUGUGGAAAAGAGUCAAUGACAGUGAUGACUUAGUCAUGACAGAGAAUGAAGUAGGAAAAAUUGCCCUCCACAUUGAGAAGGAGAUGUUUAACUUGUUCCAAGUUACAGAUAAUCGCUAUAAGAGUAAAUACCGCAGCAUCAUGUUCAACCUCAAGGAUCCCAAGAAUCAGGGACUGUUCCAUCGUGUUCUGCGUGAAGAAAUAUCUCUGUCAAAACUUGUGAGAAUGAAGCCAGAAGAACUUGUAUCUAAAGAACUUUCCAUGUGGAAAGAGAGGCCAGCAAAACCCGUCAUGGAUUCCAGAACUAAAUUACAUAAUGAAAGCAAGAAGACCACUGUUAAGCCAGAAGCCAUUCCUGACAUGGAAGAUUCUCCACCCGUGUCAGAUUCAGAUGAACAGCAGGAGUCAGUACGGGCAGCCCCUGAGAAGAGUGCUGCACCCCUCCUCGAUGUCUUCAGCAGCAUGCUGAAGGACACCACAAGUCAGCACAGGGCCCAUCUUUUCGAUCUAAACUGUAAAAUUUGUACAGGUCAGCUUCCAUCUGCAGAAGACGAGCCAGCCCCCAAGAAACAGAAGCUGUCAGCUUCUGCUAAGAAAGAAGACUUAAAACCCAAGUACGACAAUUCUCCCCUGGACCUGCCUCCUAGCUCAGCUGAUGAAGGGACUGCGGAGACUCCACCCGAAAACACCUCAGAGCCAGAGCCAGAAGGUGCUCCUCAUGCAAACCUGGAGAGAAGGCACCUCCCUGGACCUCCAGGAGAGGGUCGCCCUGAGCCCGCUCUGCUGGAAGGCCUGUCCCCCUGCCCAGCCUCCUGUGGGGGUGGGGUGGUCACCACAGUCACGGUGUCCGGCCGGGAUCCGAGGACUGCCCUGAGUGGUUCAUGCAUGGCCACAACCUCCACCACAGUCCACCUGGACAGCACCCACCUGGUGGAAGCCAGACCAGACAUGCUGAAGCCUGCUUUAACCUCUGUGACGGUGCCCAAGUCCAUCCUGGCAAAGCCAUCCUCGUCUCCUGACCCAAGGUACUUGUCAGUUCCACCAUCACCAAAUACCAGCACCUCCGAGUCACGGUCUCCUCCAGAAGGAGACACAGCCCUCUUUCUGUCUCGGCUCAGCACCAUUUGGAAAGGAUUUAUUAACAUGCAGAGUGUGGCAAAAUUUGUCACUAAGGCGUAUCCUGUCUCUGGGUGUUUUGAUUAUCUCAGCGAGGACUUGCCUGACACAAUUCACAUUGGUGGGAGAAUCGCUCCGAAGACGGUCUGGGAUUAUGUUGGCAAACUCAAGUCUUCCGUAUCUAAGGAGCUCUGUCUGAUCCGCUUUCACCCCGCAACAGAGGAGGAAGAGGUUGCCUACAUUUCUCUCUACUCCUAUUUUAGCAGCCGUGGCCGCUUUGGUGUUGUAGCAAAUAACAACAGGCACGUUAAGGACCUCUACUUGAUCCCACUGAGUGCUAAAGACCCGGUGCCACCCAAACUCUUGCCUUUUGAGGGACCAGGUCUUGAGUCCCCACGUCCAAAUAUGAUCCUUGGGUUAGUAAUCUGUCAAAAAAUAAAACGUCCUUCAAGUGCCGGAGAGCUAGACAAGGUGGACGAGAAGCGAGCCCGACCUCAGCAAGAAGAAGUGGGUGUUUCCAUCUAUCCCAGGGUGACUACAGCCCCACAGCCCGAGAAGAAGGCCCCCAAGUACCAGCUCUACUCUGCAGACACGGCUGUCGGCACCACGCCCCCGGGGUCCCCUCCACCCCCACCCCCUCUUCCUGAACCCCCAGGGUUGAAAAUGCUGUCAUCCCUCAAGCCAGGGGUCCCCAGCAGCACAGCCCCUGCGGCGGCCGCCGCACCCAGAGCAGCCUCCCCUGUCACUUCACCCACCGCAAAAACAGCGUCACCGCUGGAGCACAUCCUGCAGACUCUCUUUGGAAAGAAGAAGGCAUUUGAGCCCCCAAUGAAAGAGUCUGCUGGACCACCUCAGGCUCUCCAGCAGGAUUCUAAGUCCCAGAGCGAAGACGGAGUGUCUGCUGCUCCUUUGUUAGAUCCAAUUGUUCAGCAGUUUGGUCAGUUCUCAAAAGACAAGACUCUGGAGGAGGAGGAAGACGACAGGCCCUAUGACCCGGAGGAAGAGUACGACCCAGAGCGAGCCUUCGACACCCCUCUGGCCGAGCGAGGGAGUCACCAUGAUGGGGAAAAGGCUCCUGACACAGCAGAGAGGGAAGAGGUGGCCUAUGACCCUGAAGAUGAAACCAUUUUGGAAGAAGCCAAAGUGACCAUUGAUGACCUUCCCAACAGGAUGUGCACGGACAUGAGAAGCAGCUCCACCGAGAGACCUGUGGAGUUUGCCCCCACUGGACCCGCUCCCUCCUUGGUUGAGCAGCAGAGAAUGUUAGAAGAACUAAACAAACAAAUCGAGGAGCAGAAGAGGCAGCUGGAGGAGCAGGAGGAGGCACUGAGGCAGCAGAGGGCGGCCGUGGGAGUCUCCAUGGCGCACUUCUCUGUUUCGGAUGCACUGAUGUCACCGCCUCCAAAGUCAACCCUGGCCAAGGCCGAACUGUUUCCACAGGAGCAGCAGGCCCCAGACCAGAGUCAGGGGGCUUCGGGGGCAAACCAGAGCUCCGACGCCAGGCAGAGCAGAGAUCCGCGGCAGGCCAGGCGGCUUGCUGCCGAGAGCAGUGAGAGCGAAGCCCUCCCCAGGCCCCCAGCAGGUGGCCCUCGAGGCCCACAGGCCAGCCUCCCCUCCAGAGAAGCUUCUGCUGGCCAGGUGCCUGUGCCCACCCAGGAAGCAAAGGAGUCAGCAGCUUCCUCAUGGGCUGCGGGGGAAAAGGCUGCUGCCCUGUUAUCUGAGCAGGAUGGCCAGAGGUGUGAGCACCCCGGAAGCUCUGUAGCACAGGCCCUAGAGAGUGUCCAUCCCCAGGCUGCUGGAGACGGCGUGGCCAGACCUGCCCGGCGAGUGCUGCUGCCCACGCCCCCAAGCACAGCCUUUCAGCCUGGCUUCCCUCUGCAAAGUGAACUGCAGAGUUUCAACGCCCCCGGAGGGAGAGAGCCUUUCCCAGGGCCCGUGUUCAUGCCUCAGGAAAAGCCUCUUGGCUCGUCCUCAUCCGAGGACCCAAGAAACGCCCAACCUGCUGGGAAGAGCGGCAGCCCGGCAGUCGACACAGAGGCAGGCAGAGAGCCACUGCCCGGUGCCCUGUUCCCCCCACCUGGGCAGAAAGCAGGGGCCCCUCUGCCCCAGUUUCCUUGCCAGCGCGAACCUGCACCUCGCACUUUUGGGAUGUCAGGACUUCAUGGCCCCAGCUUCCCGGGACCAAGGGGGUCAGUCCCUCCAUUUUCCGAGGAGAAUGUCCCUAACAGUGAUGGUCCAAGGGGACCCCCACCUGCCAGAUUCGGAGUCCAGAAGGGGCCCAUCCCUUCCUUAUUCUCAGGGCAGCAUGGGCCACCGCCUUAUGGGGACACCAGGGGCCCCUCGCCCUCCUACCUUGGUGGGCCCAGAGGAGGAGCGCCAGCACAAUUUGAAGAGCGCAAGGACAUCCCUGGGGAGAAAAGAGAGUUCCAGGAUGCCCCGUACAGCGAAGCAGCUGGCGCUCCUCCCCAGUGUGAGGGGCCAGAACAGACCCAGUUCAUGGGGAGCAGGGGUGCCCCGCCUUUCCAGUUUGGAGGCCAGAGGCGGCCUCUACUGACUCAGCUGAAAGGACCUCGAGGAGGCCCCUCACCUGCUCAGUUUGGAGGUCAGAGGGGCCCACCCCCUGGCCACUUUGUGGGCCCCAGAGGGCCCCAUCCUGCUCAGUUUGACACUGCCCGGGGCCCCCAUCCCAGUCAGUUUGAAGGGCCGAGAGGCCAGGCACCCAGCUUCAUGCCGGGCCCCAGAGGCAUUCAGCCUCAGCAGUUUGAAGAACAGAGGGUACACUCGCCACCCAGGUUUGCAAGUCAGAGGGCACCAGCACCUCUGCCUUUUGGAGGACCAAGGGGCGCUGCUCCCUUUACUGAAAAGAAUGAACAGACACCUUCCCGAUUUCACUUUCAAGGCCCGUCCCCACAAGGAAUGAAGCCACCGCCCAGGCCCCUGCUGGAGCUCCCGAGCCACCCACCGCAGCUCAGGAAGGACCGGUGGGACGAGGCGGGCCCAGCGGCAGCGGCGCCCUCCAGUACAGCAUCAGGACAGGGCGCUGAGGCUGAGGGCCAGUGGGGGUCAGCCGAGUUCCGAGAGGGCAAAGGCCACGAGUAUAGGAACCAGGCUUUCGAAGCGAGGCAGAGAGAGCGGUUUGAAUCCGGGCCCAAAGAAAAACCACCAGAUGAGCCAGAAGCCCAAGUGCAAGAGAGUCGGCAGGGCCGGGUCUUUGAGGACCGGAGGCGAGAGCGAGAGCGUGGCAGAAACUGGAGUCGGGAGAGAGACUGGGAGAGGAGCCGGGAGUGGGAGAGACACCGAGACAAAGACUGCAGCCGGGAGUGGGACAAGAGGGGCACCAACAGGGACAAGGAGCGCGAGGCCGACCGGGCCAGGGAGUGGGACCGGAGCAGGGAGAGGAGCAGAAACCGGGAGCGGGACCGGAGGCGGGACCGAGACCGGUCCCGGAGCAGGGACCGCGAGCGGGAGAGGGCCCGCGACAAGGACCGAGAGCUGCGGGAGCGAGGCCGGGACCGCAAAGACCGCAGCAAGAGCACGGAGGGCGCCCGGGACCCGAAGCCCGAGGCCGCCAGGGCCCCGGACGCAGACGCGGCCCCUGCCCAGGCCUAGGCCUGCACAGGCGGCCCAGCACAGGUGUGCACCAGGCAUGGGUGUAGGCCUGGCAAAGAUCCUUUUAAAGACCCACGUUCAUAAAAUGUGUUGAGCAAGCAGUUUUUGAAAUAGCUAUGAACUUAGAUGCAGGCUAGAAUAUUCUGGACUUCAAAAAUUACUGUAAUUUUGUGUAUAAUGGUUUCUUAACAAGAUUUCACAUCUUUACAAUUCUGAUACUUUUUUAAAAAACCUAAGAACUCUUAAUAUUUCCAUUUAACUUAGAGAAAUGGGAAGGUGUCUACAAAAGCAUAUUGCUUUUUCAGAUUAUAAAGUUAUCUUUUCCAAGAACUCGACUGUUGUAAAUUUUAAGGGAAUUUCAGUGGACCUUAGAGCCAUACCUUAGCUGGCAUCUCGUCUGUCCUAUCUACCAGGCCGCCCACAGGGCCCCCAGCUGCUAUCCUGGCAGGUGCUGACGGGCUGCAGAGGACAGUCUUAGUACCUGCCCUGGGAAGUCGAGAAGCCCAGAACUUGCAAAUGCAUCUUUCUUUAGUCAUAAAGGAAUUGAGUUACAAGUUUAAACCCAGAAGCCAAAACAUGUUUCUUAGUUUUUCUCAGUUUUUAUAUAUCACCUUUAAGUUUUUUUUUCUCAAAAACAUAAUUAAAAGCAGCAUCUAUCCUA